CGAGUCCAAACCAACACAACUUCAACUAUCAAAGUUCCCCGCAAAUCACGUCUAAUAUGUCUGUCCAGUUCUCCUGAAUCAGUAGCCUAGCCUAUUUACACCAGUCAUGAUAGUACUCGAUAGUUCUCAUAAUGCUCCCCACCACUUUGACGGUGUCGUUCGGCCGGCAUCGAACUUUCUCUUAUACACCCCUUAAAGGAGUUUACUCAAGGGUUAUUAACUCCCAUCAAAGUCGAUCCUCUGGAUUGAUCUCCAGUAGAGAUACCAACAGUGCUUCGCCAUGUAAGAGUCUAUAUAGUUCUACACGUGGCCUUGCAACGGCAGUCCAUUCCUCUAGUGCCGUUUCAAGAGAGGACUUCGAAUUCUUCAGUGACCUUCUCAACCACACUGAAUCAAAACCGCAAACUGAAUCUGGCCAUGGCAAUCCUGUUUCCAGUGAUAAGACCCCUGUUGUAACCUUACCUGACCCGUUUAAAAGAGCUCUCGAGGCACUGCGACGGAAGGACACUCGGAGACUACUCAUCUAUCUUAAACAAAUAUCAUCCAUGGAAGAAGCUGAGCUUCACGCGGCCGUUUCUUUACUGCCUCGAACUACGUUCACCGAACUUCUCCGGGCCUUGGAUCCGUUUGUUGUUGCUAAGGAUGCCGAUCCAACGGACCGGACACACGUAUCUGCUGGAGCGUACCAGGUAUUAAAUUUAGGAGCUACUAUUGACAUUUGGGGAGUCCGGAAAAUAUAUUCGCAGCUACUACGCCAUAUGCUAGUCCUGCUGUCUGCAUUGAAAGCCUCAGGCGGUAUUCUACAGUCAGAAGAGUACAUCUACCUAGUCAGAUGUGCAGGUGCUGCUGCAGACCCUACGGGAGUAAAAUGGAUAUGGAAUGAGAUGGUUCGCAACCAGACUACGAGUUGGAGGCAAAGCAAGUUAUACGCCGAGUUUAUUUCCGCACGCUUCCUCACAAACCCUUUAUAUACAGGCUACGAUAAAACCAGAAGGAUGGUCACUGCCCGAAGUUUACAUCACUCCAAAUUUAUCCUUCACUGGUCGCAGAUUCGAAAGACGGAUCUCCUCAGAUACCAUACCCGACUCAAGAAGCUUUAUUUCGGACUCAACAAGGAUACCCAACACGCUGAAGACUUGAUACGAAUGAUGAGGAAGGACAAUUCGGCCAGGAGACUUUACCUCUGGAUUCAUAGUCAUGGCACCUACAUGACCGAAAGUUUAGUGUGUGCUUUGAUGAUUGCAUUCGGACGGGCCGGGUCUUUAUAUUUUAUCAGUAAUAGUAUAUUGGAUCGUCAUUUCGGCAUUAGGAUAGGUAAAAUAAUCCAUAACAUGGCGACUGACAUACAGCAGGGCCCCAGCCGUGUGAGACCUACUGCGCUUCUCAUGGAAGCUAUCGUGGAGACAUAUGGAUCAAACGCAGAGAUCCCCCUUGCCUUACAGCUGGUCCAACACCUAUCAAAGACGUUUCGAAUCCCUAUCCCCGGGUCUGUAUGGAAAGACCUUAUGGAGUGGGCCUAUAUUAUGGGCUCUGUACCGCCGUCUGGGGGGUGGAAGCUGGCCAAAAUGUUUUCUAAAGUGCCGAACGCAGAAGUAGUAGAAUUUAUCUGGAAUAUGAUGGUGUCCGAGCCGUAUCGCGUACAACCCAACUUCGAACACUACAAUAUACUCCUUCGGAAUCUUAUAGCGCGAAGACAGUUCAGCAGGUUCAUCCCGUACAUGAGGAAGGCAGUUGAUUUAUACAAGAUUCAAUGCCAAGAGUACGAAGACGCGGUAAUCGAGUACUUCCAAAUGAUUAACGAUAAUGGGGUGCGUAAUAGCGAGACAGUACAUCGGUACCAACGGGCUCGGUUUAAGAAGGCGACUAUGCGGCAUACCAUCCAAACGUGGUGUCGGCAGUUCCUUGCCAACGUACGAGCCUUCAACCCUAUGAACCCGCUUGUGACCGUGGCCGUCCCGGAUUUCAUUAAUGAGUUUAGGGAUUUUAUCCCAAACCCGGCCUUUUAUCGCACGUCUCACGGAUACGUCUCCCUGCGAGACAUUGCCCGGGAACCCAUGCGUUUAGUCCCUCUCGAACAUGUUCCUUUCACUAUACAGGUGAAGAGUAGGCUGGGAGAGGUCUUGCUCCUAGACACGAAAGCGAGGAAAUUCGCCACCAAUUCUCGACAUACCUUAGCGGGCCGAAAGCCGAUAUCUCAGUUUGACCUCGAGACUCUCCUCACGACCACAUCCCGAGCGAAGCCGCCGAAGCCUUGGCACAAGGCGGCUAUCAAAGAAGCACUGGAGGGAUCGGAGAAAUCGAUUGAAUACGAGCCCGGCGAGUCGCGUAGCGAGUUACCAGAGCCGCUAGAGGUGGAUACUUACGAUGAUGAUGACGACUUUUAUUAAAAGCAGCCGCUUGUAUGUAUCUGUAUUAUUAUACCCACAAGAUGUUCAUUUCGUAUAUAAAUCACUGCUGUUUUGCUAUACCCCAGCAGCGGCGAUAUCAUAUACAAACCCCUUAGCCCCUUUUGUAGCCCCUUUUGGUGGGAUAUUGAACAUACGUGAUAUAUAGACAUAUUCUUCGCUUCAUUGUGAAAUAUGGCUCGUGAUACGAGGCCGAUGCUUGUUAUCUUCACGUAUAAUAAUCAUUCGUA